GGAUGCCGUACUUCCAUGUGAGUUUACAGCGGUCUGCAGUGAGCUGAAUGAGGAAGGUAUGAGGUGCAGUAAUGGAGAGUUUCAAGACCCGGUUUGAUUUCUCCAACCCUCUUAUCCAAGCCCAGACGGUGAGAACUCUUGUUGCUGCUGUGCUGAAGGAAAAAGGCUCAAAUGGUAAAAUCACCCAGUCCUCCACCCAGGGCCCAGCAUUGGAGGCUCUCUGGCAGCAGUGCUGCAGUGACUGUGCUCUGGUGCGUUCAACAUGCUGUGAUGCCGUGGUGCUUCUAGUGGAUCAGGGCCAUGCAGACCUGCAGUUCAUUCUCAACAGUGUCCUAAACCUCCUGCCUUCUGCCAGAAAUGUUCAGGGGCUUAUAAAGGUCAUCGGGAGACUGCUGCAGAUGCAAGUUGACCAGAGACAGGGGGACACAAACUUCACCUGUCCCUAUUCUAUCAGGAGCUGUCCACACCCAUACAUCACAGCGCUGGAAAACCGGGCAGACUGCUGGCCGGUGCUGCUGCUGGAGAUCCAUGAUUUCAUCUGUCAGGCUGCUGACAGGAAUAAAGCAUCUUACAUCAGCAUGCUGGUUCCCUUCCUCCGGUAUCUGUACUGCGAGCCUCAGAGGCAGUCCCAGCACGCGUUGCUCCGACAGAGCCUGCUCAGGGUGCUGCUGCCCACAAAGCCAGGGGCUGGAUGGAUGCUCCAGAGCAAGGACCACGAGAACACUGCAGUGGUGUAUGACAGCCUGCUGCUCUGCCUUUGUCAGCUGGUUUCAUAUUUACAGGUGGACAGUGUGGAGGCAGUGCUGGAACUGUGUGGAUUUGUGGACGCUCUGCUUCAGGGUCUUAUGGAUGCCCCUGGAGAGCUCUGGGCAAUGGAGAGAGCCAGACUGCUAGUGCAGCUGCUGUGUGCAUGUCACCAAUGCUUGAAGUUAAAUGGAGACUGCAGACCGCUUCUCAGCCUAAUACAGCAACUCCUCCCUGCAUGCAAGGCAUGGCCUGUGGAUGAGCUGAUGAUGGGUGUAGCCUUGCUUCUCUGUGAGGCUCCUCCAGAUCAGCAGAACAGCCUGUUUAGGCUGGCUCUGUGUUUAUCUCCAGAAAAAGCAGAGCUGUCUCAUUGGCUGAGUCCUGUCUUGGUUCUUCCCGUGCUGCAGCUGCUCUCCUGCUCUCAGCUCACCGAACCGUUGGCUGACCCAGUGACGCACAGCUUAAACCAGAGUCUGGCCCACAGCUUGUUACGCAGCAUCAACAAACCUGCAAAAAAGGCCCGGCAGCCUGGCCCAAUGCUGACCCUCCCUCUCAGCUCUUGGUACGCUGAGCUCAGCGUGGCUUUGUCCAUAUUGGACAAAGUUUCUCAUGAUCCUUGUGCGGCCACUGAUUGGCUGCUGGCGGUUACCUCUGCUCUAACGUCCAAGCAGCGCCUGUCCUCUUCCCUUGCUCUCAUUGUGACUUACCUCCUCAUCACGGCUCAGGAGGAUAUCUGCCUGCUGGCUUUGAAAGCAAGUCAGGCCAUCGCUGCUGCCGAUCCCUGCCAGGUUCCCUCUCUCAUCCCUGUCCUGUUGUUCAAACUGUCAAAGGAAACAAAUCCAGAUUUGAUCCAUUCUGUGCUUAACAGCCUGCCAAACCUCGGCACCCAUAAGCUUUGUGUCCCCAUGGUGCUGCAGACUCUCCACAUUCUGGCUAGUUCACCCAAGCUGAGAGCUGUUGCAAUGCGCCUGAUGACUGCUCUGUGGAAAAGACAGGACCGAGUCUACCCAGACCUGCAGGGUCUUCUGGGUCAGCAGGACAUCAGACUGAUGGUGGGUAAGGACACUCAGUGGGAGCAGACGGUGGCCAGGGCCGCCUGCCUCAGGGAUAUCUGCAAGGAGAGGCCUUACCAACAUGGAGGUGACAUGCUAGCUGCCAUCUCACUCACUCUGAAGCAGUGCAACAGACCAGACCUGGCAACCCCUGCUGCUCUCUCCUUGCAAGGCUUACAGGAGCUGUGCAAAGCAGAGGUAGUGGACAUCAUCUCUACAUGGAAAAGUCUUGGAGCUGAGCUGAAAUGCGACUCCCGUCCACUGAUGAUUAAAGCCAUAACUGAGCUCCUGUCAUUGGUUCCCCAGCUCACUGUGAAGUCAGAGGAGUAUGAGAAACUGAAAGUGGAGGUGGUCAGCUUACUCUGGAGUUAUGCUGCCAGCCAGGAUCCAGAGGUAUCCAGCUGUGGCUACGAAGCUCUGGCAGCUUUUCCUGAAACAGACCACACCAUCCUGCACCUCCCUGAGGCAACUAGACCUGCCGUGAAGGUUUCUGAAAGUGAAGAUGAUGCUGAGGGAGAAGAGGAAGAAGAGAAAGAUCUCUCCAUCCCUGGACAAUCCUACAUGAAACUACUGGCUCUCACCUCCAACUCUGCUCUGCCAGCCUUUGAGACCUUCCUGACAUCGCUGGUGAAGCAUGAGAUGAGCCAGAUGCCACGAGGAGUGUAUUUCUCUGCUCUGAGAGGAGGUGGCCUGCGUUCAGACCAAGGGAAAACUGUCGCAGCGAUCCCAGCGUUCAUGCUCAAGACUUAUGAGAAAAAUAAGCAGCCUGGACUGAAGCCCGGACUAGCAGCUGGAUUGCUGUUCUGCUACGAGCUCCCUGUGCAGACGGACCGCAGCGGGAAGCCCAUCGACCGCUUCCUGGUCACCAGGAGCCACAGCUACCAGCAGACCCUGACGGCCCUCAUUCACGAAGUGAACAUCCAGCUGUCAGAGUGGCACCGUGCUUUGCUGCUGCCCCAGGCCUGGAGGGGGUUCAUGGGCCAGGCGUUCAGUGCCCUUCUGCAGGGCCGCCGCGCUGAUCUGGAAAUGCAGCAGAAACAAGGCAAAGGGGAUCCACAGCAGCUGCAGUAUGAACAGCACUGCGCCUGGUUGUGGGCCAGAGAUCAGCUGACGGACAUCAUCAAAACUGCUACAAAGGACAGUCCUGUUGUACAGGGCAACUCCAUCUUGGCUCUGAGUGGGCUGGCUGCUGUUGUUGCUAAGUAUGAGAACAACCUUCCCACCGACAGCAGCGGCGGCAUGGGGGCUGGCCCAGAGUUUGUGCCUACUGCCAACUGGAUGUCCAUGGUCCUGGACACGUUGCUCAGCAUCAUCAGCAGCUGCUACAAAGCCAAGGGGCAGCUGUUUCCAUGGUUCCUGCACCGGUCGUACUCUGGGGAGAACACGGCCAGUGCCAUUGCCCGCUCCUGUGCCAGCCUGGCUCUGUCCCUGCUCGUCCCAGUUCUGGUGAUGUGGCAGAGGGACGCUCUGGUCCAGGUCCUCUCAGCUCUGCAGGCCGGCUUGCCGGACGCCUCCUCUGCAGAUGAUUCCCAGGCUGUCCAGUUCCACUCGGGCCUGGCAGUGGGCAUGGUUCUCUCCAGCCUGCACCACCAGAGCCUCAGCGAUGUCUCUGCCCAGGAUGACACAGAUGUCCUGUCCAAGUAUCUGGAUGCUCUGGAAGGUUGCUGCUUCAACCCUAACCUGGAAUACAACACUGGCUGCGUGCUAGGCCUGGGCCUGGUGCUGUCAGCGCUCUGCAGCAGUGGACGGGUGGAGCAGCAGGUUCAUGUCAGCAGAACCCUGGACAAGCUGCUGGACAAGCUGCAAGACAGUAGUGGACAGGGACGCAUGCUGCAGGAGGUCCUGUCUUACUCUGUGGCCUGUGUGAGCGUGUCGGCCUUCAGCUGGGGGCUGAUCCAUGCUGCCAAGGCCGAGGAGGUCCUGAAUGCAUUGCAAACUCUGACUGAGGAGAGCCAGCAGACUCCAGGCUUCUCAUUGGCUCUCGGGCUGGUGGUUCACGGCCUAUCAGUGUCCGGCCACGGGAAAGCAGAGAACGUUCACCCUCGCCUGCUGGCUGCUUGGAUCAAAAUCCUGCUGGCUGAGGGAAGUCCCACCAUGCAGCGGCUGGCUGCUGCCAACGGGCUGGUGGCUUUAGUGGGGUCAGAGAGCUGCCUGAUUCAGUACCAGAAUGAAUUGGAGCUUUCCGUCCAGCAGCAGAAUAGACUCAAUGAGGUCAUCCGUGCUAUAACCCAGGUCAUCACCUUCUCUGGAGCCAUGGGGCUGCAGGCUAACAGCGCCUGUCUGAUUGGCCAUCUGCACCUGGCCCACAUGUCCACCAGCCACAGUCACACCGCAGCAGUUCCUCAGGACUUCAGCUACCUCCCAGAGAGCAGCAUCAUCAGAUCCAUAACCGACUUCCUCACUGAAGCUGGAAGGAAAGGUCCAGAGUUUUCCCCACCUGCUCUGGUUCGUUCAGUCCUGACCUCGAUGGCGUCAGUAGGAGCUGGUUUCCAGUUCCCUCCCGUUAACUGGAGCACUGUCCUGUCCCCGCUGAUGAGGCUCAGCUUUGGAGAAAGCGUCCAGCAUCAGUGUGUAGUCCUGGCAGCGUCCCAGGCCCAGUCCUCCCAGAGUGCGUCCCUAUUCCUGGGGUCCUGGCUGUCCCCGCCACUUGUCCACAGCCUCAGUCAUCACACCCGGGCCCACCUCUACCAGACCCUGGGUGUGUGGAUGAAGCAGGUAGCGGAGGACAAGCUGGAGGUGUAUGUGCAGAACCUGGGCCUGCAGCAAUUCCAAAGGCGCACCCUAUGUGUCCCUCUGCUACGGGGCAUGGCUCAAGCCAUGGCCCUCCCUAACCCCCCCAGCCACUGCUGGACCACCCUCUGCUCCGCCGUCGAGACAGCCUUCAGCCUCCUGCCCAGCCACAUCCAGGAUGCUGAGGUGGACCUGUAUGUCGGUGUGGCCAGGUGUCUGUCUGAGAUGUCCGACACGGAGAUUGACAGAAUCGUUCAGGUGUCAGAGGCUCAGGUGGAAAAAGCCUGCUUCGUCCUGGCAUUCCUCACUUCUCAGGGCAGACUUCCGCUGCUCAGCCUCAAUGAUGUCAUCACCGGUGUGCUCUGUGGUUGGUCGAGCUGCAGACUGGGCUGGAUCCUCUUGCAGGCCUUUUACCAGUGCCGGCUGACUGCUGGCACCAGUACAGGUGUCUCCAAGCGCAUGGAGUGGCUGCUGGAGCUGAUGGGACACAUCCGGAACAUCGGCUAUGGAGCGACUUCCAUCAGAUCUGGAGACACUAAGAAGGCCACCGACUUCUUGUUCCAGCUCUUUGCUGCUGCUGUCAUCUCCUGGGGUGACCACUUCAUGCCCCUUCUCUUUGGCAUCAGGCCCCAAUGGUUCCCAUGGCAACCAGACUCCAAGCCUCCAGCGCUAGAGCAUGGUUUGUAUGGGUCACUUACACUCAGCGAGCUUGCUCUGCCACAGUGCAUGCUGGGAGUGUCACACAGCCUGCCGCUGCUGCUAGGCAAAGAGCCAUGGAGCAGCCAGACACACAAGUUUAUCGACUGGCUCCUCAGCAUAACAGAAGGUCCUGAAGAGAAUCUGUCAGCCAUCACCAUCAGCACAGCCAGAGCUGCUCUCCUGGGUCUGAAGUCGUCCACCGAGUUCAAGAAGAAAGCCGUGUGGACCAGAGCUUACAGCUGGUAGCUCAGAAGAUCCAUGGUGGGGUGUUACCAUGGUGACAUUUGUACACAACAUCAUCUCCUACUUGGUGAAAAAAACUUGAGUGGAAACUGUUGCUGUUGCUCUAUGUUUAGUCAUGAGUUGAGUCAGAAACAUGUCUUUAUUAAACUGCUGCAAAAAUCUG